AUGGCCUCAACACCGGUGUUGGCUUUACCAGACUUCUCUCAACCAUUUAUUGUUGAAUGUGAUGCAUCUGAUGCGGGGUUGGGAGCAGUGCUACAACAACAAAAUAGGCCCAUCGCUUAUUUUUCUCGCCCAUUGGCUGCCAGGCAUGUCAAACUUCCUGCUUACGAGAAAGAAUUGGUUGGGCUAGCCAAAGCAAUACAGCAUUGGAGACCUUAUUUAUGGGGAAGGAGUUUUAUAAUUCGAACUGAUCAUUACAGUUUGAAAUUUUUGUUAGAACAACGUAUUAUAACUUCUCCCCAACAACGUUGGCUGAGCAAAUUAAUGGGGUUUGAUUUUACUGUUGAGUAUCGUGCUGGGCGCGAAAAUGUGGUUGCUGAUGCAUUGUCUCGCCAGUAUGAAAAUUUUGUUGUUCUUGCUGCAGUUUCUACUCCUCAAUUAGAUUAUUUGGAGGAUAUUAAGGCUGCAAUUAAUUCUUCUAUUGCCUUACAACAGCUUCGUGAUCAGAUUUUAAAUGGAGAAUUAAAAGAUUAUUGGUCUUUCAAAGAUGGACUGCUUAUCUACAAAGGCUGA